GGAGGGCUGUGGUGGGGAAGGUAGGUAGAGUGGGAACGCGUCCACGAAGAACAGCCGUGUUGGAGGAAACAAUGGCAGGGGCAAUAGUGAUGGUGGCAGCUGAGGCAGCCCCACUCUGGGCACCUUUCUGAAAGGGCAGCUCUGGGAGAAGAAGGGAGCAGGCAGUGCCCGCAGAGGCUAUGAGAAAAGCGGCAGAAAGAGAAGAGGGAGGAGGAAGAGGAUAAGGAGGAGGAGGAAAGCAGAAAGAGGGAAAGGGAGGGGGAGGGGAGGAGGAGGGAGAAGAGGAGGGAGGAUCAGGCAGUGGGGAGAACCGGCAAGGAAAACCAGCAGCAGCAGCAGCAGCAGCAGCAGCAGCAGCAGCAGCAGCCACCACCAUAGCAGUAGGCAUAAGAACAGUAGCAGCAUUUAGUAAUAGCUUUAACAGCGACCAUAGCAGUAGCAGUGGCCCCACUGUUUCCCUGUCGCGGACGCCUUCAGCCACGACACAGAGCAAGCUCCGAGCACCGUGCAAGUAGCCCUCUCGAGAGGUAGCCCCAGCCAGAGCAAGUGUGGGGAGCCCGGAACCUAGGAGCAGCCCGAAAGCCACUAAGGCUCUGAGUUUCAGAGCCAAAGCCCGGCAGUUCGGAUUCCAUCUAACCCAGCAGCGUCAGUGAAGCCUAAGGGAGCAAGUCAGGGAGACAGGCGCGUCCACCUGGCGGCCCCAACGCACAGAGCUGAGGCACAGAAGGCAGCGUCGGCAGCAGCAGUAGCAGUAGCAGCAGCCGCAACCAGAACAGCUGCUGCAACCGAGGCAGCCCAUCCUUGACUGUGGCUGCGCCAGCUUCAGAGCUUCGUGUCUGAGCCUGCUAGCGUUCUGUGUCUAGGGAGUCGGCCUGUGAGAACUAAAGCUGUGCUGGUAUUGCCUGUGUUUAAGAGGUGGGAGAAGAGAGAUGAGGAAAGUGCAGGAGAAAGGAGUUGCUGUCUUGUUACUGCCAAGUGGAAGUAAAAGUGAAGAUUUUCCAUUCAGCCUCCUUGACACCUGGAGGGCAAGACUUCUCAUUACUGCUGGAAUUCUGCAUUGAAUCUGUCUGGACCUGGCUCUUCUUUGUAGGUUGGACAUCAUUUGGAUUUGGAAUGAAACAGUAAGAGAUUAUAUUCAUGGAUAACCAACAAGAUAAGGCUAUUGCUACAGCCUCAGCCAAUGGAGAAAACACUCCGAUUAAUGGGAUCAAAGAAAAUGACUCAGAGGACCAAGAUGUGGCAAUGAAGUCAUUUGCUGCUCUAGAAGCAGCUGCACCAAUCCAGCCUAUACCAGUAGUACAAAAAGAGACCUUAGUGUUUCCCAGGGGUCUCCUGCCUCUGCCCUCUAAGAAGCCCUGUGUCCAGAGCCCUCCAUCACCUUUGGGCCUGGUUGAAGUACCUGAGCAUGCUGCUAAUGGUGAUUCUGUGAAUGCCAUCUCCCUUACAUCUGGUGUUGCAAAAGGUUUGAACACAUGGUCACUACCCAAUGAGUGUGAUAAAGCUCCAUUUGCUAUAAUGGAGCCUGCAGGCAUGUCAGCUCUGAAUGGAGAUUGCCUCAUGCAGCCUAGCCGGACUUGCUUGGGCUGCUUCAUGGAAUCCAAGGAGGCAGUAGAGCCUCAGCCAGGGAUCAGUCUUAAAGUCAGUGAUCUAAAUAGAGAUUAUGAAACAUGUGCAGUCUCUGAUAUAGGGAUUCAGUGCAUUAAUGCUGGAGAAAACAUGAAAUAUGGAGAACAGCUGCUCUCAGACCAGCUCCUGAGCUUCCCACUGCAUAAAUCAAGGGCAGGAGAUAGGAGAGAAGCUGAGAAAUCUGACAUUGACUUGGAAGAUCCAGCUCAGAAAAGUUAUUAUGAGGCAUUACUGUUAGAUAAGUGCAAUACAGAAGAAGCUUUGCUUGCAAAUUCAAAUCAGGAUUGGGGUUAUUUUGAGACUUUCAUUAGUGAGAGUAAAAUUGAACUGCUUGACCUCUGUUCCAAGAAUGAACUAUCUGUCAAUUUGUUCUCUGAAGAAGAUGUAGAUAACUACAUGUUUGAUGAUGAUGAGUCAACCCUGGGCAGUGAUGUCUGCUCCCUAAAAAUUCGGUACGAGUCCUUUCAGGACAAUGUUCGAGACAAAACUAGCCUUCUAAUGCAGGAAGAUGCCCAGUUCAACUUUUUUCCCAGUGUUUUUUCUACCUGUCCCAAGAGGGAGUCUAAAACUGGGGCCAUGAAGCAGAGCAGUGAUCUUUCCCAAUUCAAGGUCCCUGAUAUGAACAUCAUCUGGGGGGAGGAAGAUAAAAACUUGGACAAGAAGAAAGGCAAAGUGGAAAGACAUGAAGAUAAAAGUGUAGAGAAAAAAGAUGGAAAAGAAAAUGGGGGGAAACCUGCCUUAAACAAAUUAUGCAAUGGGAUUGAGGUUGGGCAAUUUAAGAAUCCAAAGCAAGGCCAUCUUGCUAAUUCCUUAGAGACCUCAGGAAAUUUCAGUGAUGACAGUUCCUUCAUUGAAGUCUCAUAUGAUGCAAUGGGAGACAUAAAGGAUUGUAGCCGCUAUAUGGCUCGGGACACUAUUUCUACAAGCUCCUCCUCCCAACAGAACUAUGGACUGAGAGCCAAGAGGAAAGUCAGAUACAGUGAAGAUUAUCUGUAUGACGUUGACUCAAUAGAGGGUGAAAAAGUGAAUGAGAGGAAGGAAUGGCUGCCAGGUUGUUCCAAAGAGGAAGAUGAUGAUGAAUGGUGCCCCAAGAAGAGAAGAAAAGUAACUCGUAAGGAACCGCCAGUUAUCAUCAAAUAUAUUAUCAUCAAUCGUUUUAAAGGUGAGAAGAACAUGCUGGUGAAGUUGAGUAAAGUGGAUGCUAGUGAGACAACAGUGAAUCUGAGUGAAAAUCAACUGAACAAAUAUGCCAAGCUAGCACCUUUGAAAGGUGUCUGGCAGAAGAAGAAAAAGCAGAGAAACAACCACCCAGAAUGUGUUAAGACCCCCUUAUGCCAAAAGCAAAGCUUUGAACCAGGUAGCUUUGAAGUGUCAUUUCUCCCACCUGCUCGUAAACGAAAAUCUAAACUCAGCAACAGGCACAGAAUUCAAAGAAUCCCCUCCAUGGAGACUUCAGUAAGUAAUAAGCAGAUUUCCUUUGGCAAUGAUGAAAGACAAACAAAUAAUCACAAAGAAAAUGGAGGUCUAAAAUGUACUCUGAAGCCAGCACCUCUAGCUAACCCCAUCUGUGCAAGUGGAUCACAUUUAAAUGAUAUCACAAGCCCUGAUUCAGUGAAAGUCAAAGUCCAAGACACAGAGUUUAAGGGGCCAGAGAGAAAAGUGCUCAAUAAAAUCAAAUUUAAAAGCGAAGCUAGGUUGAAAUCUAAGAAAAUCAAAACUGGGCAAGAAAGCAAGUCAGUAGUUCAAAUGAGCCCUCUCUUGGAAGACCAGUCUUCCAAGGCUAAUUUUAAAAGUGAACUUAUUCCUGGGACUUUAAAGAGUUCCCAUUUGCCGGAACUUCAUGAGACAAAAGUUGGUAAGAAUGCCUUCUUAUCAACCACCUGUUCUUCUGAAAUAUCUCUGUCAUCUGCUAGUGUUUCCACUAACAUACCUGUUAUCCCUGGAGGAUACCUGCAGACAUUGUUAGAUGCUUCUGACUUGUCAAAUAAUACUAGUAUGUCAUACUUCACCCACAGUUCUCAAGAGCAAAAUGAAGACAGCCUUACUCAAAGAGAAAAAUCAUUUGUACCUCUCCAGCCAGCCCAGGGCUGUGUGAUCUCCUCAUCCUCUGACUCUGAGCUACAGAAGUCAUCUCAUAACUUCAAAAUGGAAUCGAGCAACUAUGAAAAUGUGUGGCCUAACAAGACUACUUCUGGCUCCCAGGAAUUCAUGGCUGAAGUCUCACAAGAGAUAGCCCCAAACCAAUCCAGUGAAUUUGAAACCUCCCACAUAGUUUCCAUGGAAAAUAACCUCACAUCUGCAACAUACAGUAGACUUUGCAUCAAUAGUGGUGGCAAUAGUUGCAACAAGGCUCUGUAUGCCUCUGUACAGAACAGCCAACUUCCAUCAGAUGACACUUAUCAGUUAUGUCACUUUAGUAAUGGAGAGAUCUGCUUUCCUUUCCAGCAGGGCUCAGUGAGUAUGAAUGAUGGUCGGCUCUUCAGCUUUGACACAGUGGCCCCACUCUCUGCCAGCUCAAGUAAUUAUUGCUCCUUAAACUUGAAGUCUUCUGAAAAAGAUGGUGAUGAUGAUAUCACUGAUGACUUCUUGGCCCACUGUAGCCCCAAAUUAGUGAUCCAGCAAAGCAUUGAUGAGAUAGCACCAUUAAAGGAGUCUACUGACCUUCUGGAUAUCUCCAACUUCACUCCUGACAAAUUCCGACACUCUUCCCUCUCAGAGAUGUCCCCACCUGAUACUCCCAAUCUUUCCCCUCAGAUUAACAGAUGUGAGAGUACAAAGACACUGAAAGGGUUCCAAGAAAGGGUUCCAGGAUUAUUGGGCAACAUGGAGAAAAUAAAGUGGGACUGUAGUAGUCUUUCACAGCAGGUCCAAGUGGAUGAUGGAUUUACAUUAAAUAAACAUCAAUUUCAGUUCCAUAUGUUCAAUGAUGAAGAGUCUGUCAGCUUGAUCCAAAAAAAUCCUUGCCUAUCAACAUUUAAUGAUCCAACCAGUCAGAUUAGUACCAACAACAAAACACAAAAAUCAAAAAAGAAAAGUUCACCCACCAAGAGUGGGACUGUGAAUCAAAGUUCUUCUCAGAAAAGCAACAGGAAAAAGUCCCUAAAAGCCAACAAUAGAGGAAUUGAAAAGCCACCUGGCAAAGCCUCCCGCCAGAUCCCUAAAUCAACAAAGAAAGGGAAAUAUAUAGCUUCCAACACAGGAGAAAAAGUGCAAAUUGGCUUUGGCCGCGGAGGACAAACCAAUGGUGUAUCAUCCACUGGGAAGCCAUUGGUUGAAUGUAUCCAACAUAGUGGCCCCAUCACCUCUAUGAAAAUGCCAAGUGAGAAGGGACUUUCUGAUAACUGGGCUUUGGGAAAAGACAGCAGCCCAGGCUGGAGUGAUAUCAGCAUGGGUACUAACACUAACAACAUCCUGGAUGAUGACCAACGGGAAUUUCAAGAGCCCUCCUAUAUCUUGUCCAAUAUUGCCUCUGGUAUGGCAGAUGUGCAGAGAUUCAUGAUGGCCUCCAUAGAGCCCCUUUGGGAACCCAUUGGACAUCAUGGAGACUCCAACAUAGUCUAUUCCCCUGAUUCUAAUAGUCUAAAAUUAAAAACCCUCAAAAUAUUGGCUGGCACACCACAGGAGUCUAAGAAAAAAGUCAACAGUGGGUUCUCAGGAGCCACUAAGAAUCCCAGGUCAAUCAAGAGCAUGAGCAAAAGCAAUGUGAAAACAACAAUAGGUGAUCCUGGCCACACAGACAUGCCUGGUUUUAAUGAGGACAACUGCUCUCUCUUCUUUGAUAAAAAGUAUAGUAACAUGAGCACUUUAGGCAAUAAUGGACCAACACACAAAAAAUUGUAUCGUCACAAAUCAAGUUCCAAGGUCCUAAGAGAUGAGAAAUAUAAGGGGAAGCGCGUGGAGAGAGAACAAGUCCACAAGGAUGAGGUGGGGACAGCUUCUUUGGAAAAACUGAGGGACUCUGAAUACAAUCUCCUAAAAGCAGAAACAACAUUUCGGGUUUUACCUGUAUUUGAAGAAGAGACUUGCAUUUUCCAGAAAGACAUUUGAUGUUUGUGCUUAUUUUCUUUCAAAAUAUGCCUUGUGGUAUGUAUGUCACCAUGUAAGUGCUUAAAAAAAAGAAUUUUAAAUUGUGGGAAUAAGUCUUUGAAAACAAACUUAAAUAUGAUGUUCUAUGUAAAAGACUUUAAAAGUCAUAAUGGUUGUAAAAGUGGUUUAUCACUAUGUACCCACAAGGAGAGAAUGGAAAACGUUGUGCCAAACUACAAACAAGUGACUGUAUUGUAUAUAUUUUUUACUUCCUAUAUCAACAUUGGCUGUGAGUAUUUGGGGAAGCUUGUCCCUUUAAUUUACUAGAAACAUUCCAGUGACUCUUGCCAUUAAAUACUCCCACUUAUGUGGCUAGCACCUGUAGAUCACAGUGGAAAAAUAUGUUGUAUUACAUGACUUACCAAAACAUAAAGGAUACUAUUUGACACGUGCCAAAAUUCCUUACCUCAUCUUAUGGAUUCACCCAAUGGUUUAAAGCUCAUUAAUCAAUUUUAAAUAUAUAUAUAUAUACACACAUAUAUAAAUAUAUUCAUUCUUUUACAGUUUUAAACACUACCAUCCUGUGGAAACAUGAACGGUUAAGGCACAACAAAGGUUUGUCUGUUGCAUUGUCUAAGGGUCUAAAUAUUAGAAGUGUUUGAAGGUCAUAAAAUUAAAUCCAUCAGGGACCUGAGUAUAUGCAUUAAAGAGUCUUUUACAAGGAAACAAAACAGCUACUUUGAAAGUGUGUUUUCUAAAAGCAAAAUCUGUGAUUGAAAAUUAUUUAAUAUGCAAAGUUAUAUUGCUGAUACUUUAUAUUUCAGUUUUAUAUAUUUUAAAAUAGUCUGGGAUAAAUUAUAAAAUAUCUAUAAAUUUGACACUAAAUGAAGUGCACAGAUUGCUUCUAUUUAAGAAGUUUCUUAAGUGUUUUAUUUUGGUUUUGUCAAAACUGGACUCAUACUAUGGUAUUUGUGUUCUUUAAGUAUUUAAUUUUGCAAUGCCAAUGUCUUUUAAAAUGAAAUAUUAAGGCAUCUCAGUUGAACAAAAUUUUUCUCCUGUUAGUUAAAAACAUGUAAUAGCAUAUAAGUGAAACAAACAGUAGUAACAACGAAUUAAUUGUUAAUCUCAGGAUGAGUAGAAUUUUAUGCCACACACUAAAUUUAAAUCUGGAUUAUUAAUAUUAAAUUUGAAGUCACAUUUUUAAUUCAUUCUCCAUCUUUUUUUAAUAAUUUCACAAUGCUGAACAUUUUUCCCUACUAGCCUUUACUUCCCCUUUAUUCACCACUUGACUUCUAAAUUUGAUGUCUUUUCCUUGCACAGUUGAAGGUGUCUGAUGACUGAUACUUUAUGGCACAAAUGAGAUAAUGGAUGUGGAAGCACUUUGUAGAUCAAAAAGUGCUAUGCAGAUGUAGGGGAUUAAUAUUAUUAAUGUUGUUGUUGAUUGUUGUUGUUACUAUUCUUACUAAUACUGUUCUAACCUAUUAACUUGUGAAUAUAUAGACUGGAGUGGGAGGGUGGAGAAUAAGUGGGUAGGGGGAAUGGGGCUUAAUAAAAAAGGGAACAUGUUUCAAAAGGAAAAAUUUAAACAAAAUCUGAACCUACCUAGUCAUUGUCAUCUAAAUAUAUUCACAAAAAGAGAAGCAACACUUUUGAAAGUAGAGAGAAAUGGAAAGAAACUUGUCACAUAUGUAAGCAGACACACUUUCCAGCUCAUGAUUCCUUUCACCAGCCAGCUCUCCUACUACAGCUAGAUACUAAAAUCAACAGGCUUGUAUUCUUGAAUGUGUGUUUUCUCUGCAUCAGUCUCUUGUAUGUGUGGGGACAAGUGGGUGAGGAUCAGUUUAUGAGGCUAGUUGAGACCCAUUUCUAUACUCCAUGUGCAGUGAGCCUAGAAAAUUAUCUAGUGAAAAGUUACCAGAUGAAAUGCCUCUUCUACCUUACAGCUCCUAUCCAAAAGGGGAGAUAAUCAAAUUGGAACACUUUCUUCUAUUACUCCAAUCUGUAGCUAGCUAUUGAUAUUAAAUGUUGUGGAUAGUUUCUAGUUACUUGUUUUGUUUUGUUUUUGCUCUGUUUUGCACCUGAAUUUUGGCUUGAAAUCACCAUGUAAGCUUGUAUUGUGAUCCCCAAGAGUCCAUGCUUCAAAGUCUCUUAUGGACUUAUAGUAAUAGUGUUUUCCAUGUAAUCGAAAGGUGGCUAUUUAAGAAGAAAUAAAGAAAAUAUUCCAUAAGUACAAUAUGUUUUAUGAAAAUAAAUAUGGAAAAAGUUUUUCCAGGUUUUUAAAAGUAUCAUUUCAGAUUUUCAAAAUAGGAUAACAUCAGAGUAGAAUGGCCUGAAACUGUUGGAAACAAUUUCCAUUCCAGAAUUGCUAUCACGAGUCCUUUGGAGUAGAUGUUCUUUUAGUUGCUCCUAUGGAGCCCACUAAGGGCCAAUUCUAGGGCAUGGUUUGUCCCUUUUUCCAAAGAUUUGUCAUUCUAAAGCACCUUUUUUGUUGGCCUAUAAUACAUUAUAUGUUUUUAACACAUGAAUGAAUGAUUUAUAACUGCUGGUUUGUACUGAAAUAUAACCAGAAAUUAAGUUGAAAAGUGAGCAGUAGGCCAAGAUGUUUAUUCUCUUAAUUGCACUUAAUGUCUCUCUCAGUACACUAUGGUCUGAGUUUUCUAGCAUUUGCAUUUUGCUGGUCUUGUUUCUGCUCUCAUAAUUCUUUUAUUCCUCUCACAACACAGAAGGAAAAACUUAUUGGAAAUCUCUAAUUCAACCAGCUGCCUUAGCGGAGUGAGGGCCAAUGUAGAAAAGUAGUGUCUCGCCCUAUCACUGAUAUCUCAAGUCAGAAAUAUUAAAUUUUCCUUUAGUCUGAAAUUUAUAAUAACAUUCUUAUUACCUCUCCUCUCUGACAAGCUGCUUUCUAUUAAAAGUCUUUCAUUUAAUCUUUACUUUCCUGGAAAUGUAUCCUUCCUUAUUCUUCUCAGUGUCAGUAUUUGGUCUUAGAAUUUUUCCUCUUUGGUGGUGUUAUACUCUACCUCCCCAAACUGACAGUUUAAAGACAUUAAUGACAAGAUUUUCUUUUGGAAGUUUAAAGGGGAAGCUUCAUAUUCUUAAUCACUUGUAAUUGCCUUGGCAAUUUUCAAAUUUAAUUUUAUACACACAAGCAGUCACAUCACUGAGGAAAGUUAGAAACCCUUUUAACUUAAAGAUUGGUAGAAAAAUAGGUCUAAUCUCCUGCCCUGGUUAGGUGCUGUCCUAUGUGGAACAGGGUGCUGAUACAGUGACCCUGACCAAGGGUCUUUGAGACUUUGGGGGUUGGGCUUGAUCUAUGACAACUGGCUUGAACCAGUGGCCAUCCUGUCUCUCCAGUGUCUCAGAUACCAGCUGCCUCACGUAUGCUGCUUCCUCCCAGCUUUCCCUUCUGACUUCUUGCUACUCUGUGCAAUUAUGUGUUAAGGCCUUACCUUUUCUUAAAAGUCUAAAUGCUUUCAAACCUCCUGUACUACAUUGACCAUCACUUCUUCAGCCAUUUCCCUGAAGUCCUUGGUGCUAUUUGGGCUUUUGUGACAACUUUCACCUUUUCUGAACUUUUUCCUUGCUAGGAAGCAUCUCUGUGUGUGCAGGGGAGGGGGGUGGGGAAAAGGGAGGGGGCAAGUGUGUGUGUAUGUGUGUGUUUGAGUGUGUGUGUGUGUGUGUGUGUGUGUGUGUGUGUAACAGAAGUAUGAAGGAUGCUUCAAAAGAUGUAAACAACUCUAGCCAGCAUCCUCCGUUCUAUUAUGUGAAGUUCUGAAAUUUUAGUGAAUUUCUGUUUAGUGGGUUCAAAUUAGCAUUUACUGCCUAAAGGAGGAAAACCAUAUCUAAGGACCUCUUAGAUUGCUCCUACCAAGCUAACCAUGUGAUACAGAUCCAUCACACCUUCAGUUUACAGAUGCUCUCAGAACAAUCCCACAAAAUGAAGAGAGCUGUUUCUAAGCUGAAGAGGCAAAUGGAAAACUAGCUAUUCCUAACCAUUUCCAGAAUCAGAAAUCAUUAUUUUCUCCUGAACUAUUGACAAAUCACUUCAUUCAAGGAGUUUUUUUUUUUUUAAACUGGGGAUUGAACCUGUGACCUCGUGCUUACCAGGCAGGUGCUUGUGCUGCUGAGCUAAACCCCCAGCUUUGGAGGUUUUUGUUUUUCUUUAGGAAUUUUUUAAUGACUGGCAUCACUACAGAAAUACAUCAUUUUUACAAACUAAAACAUAUGGAUUUGGUUUGUUUUCUGAGCUUGUAAGUAUGUUUAGAAGGUUUAGUACCAAAAUCAAACAUUUUAGCAAUGAAUAGAGAUUUUAUCAACACACUGUAGGCCAAGGGUUUUGUAAUAGUUUUUAAAAGACCCAAGUAAGCGAGAAAACUUUGAGUUGGGAUGUUUAAAUUAGGAGAAAUACUGUCAUCCAUUUGAGGGUCCUCAACCAGCAUGAUAUUAUUUUAAUGACAGUAUUGAGGAUACCUUUUAAGGCACAUAUUUUGCUUAGCAUUAAAUAGUAGCUACAAUCAUGAAGCAGAGCUCCCAUUGCAACUACAUGAUACUUGAGAUGUAUUCUUGGUUUGAGAAUCGUAACUAAGAAAUAAAACAUUGGGGCAGGACAAUAUAAAAGAGAGACUUAGUACAAUGUUUAAGGUGUAAAUGAGGCUUUUAAAAUCAGUAUCUGGACAAAUAAAUACUAAAGACAUUGAAGAAACACUUACCAAGAUGAAAAGGAUGUCCAUCCAAUAGACUCGGGGAUUUUUGAGUCUUAUAAGGGCAUUUCAUUCAAAAUGAAGGAGAUAUCUAAAUCAUUCUGCCUCUUUGAUAGAUGCCUAGUUUUACAGCACAAAAGAAAAGGAUUGAAUGAAAACUAGAAGAGGCCUUUGUUUUCCAUUCCCAGGGAGGAGAGUGGAAAUGUUAAGAAGCUCCACUGGGAUACCUGUAGCACUGACUAGAGUUUGUUGCCUACAGAUUUGAAUGUACUAGUCCUUAAUUUCCAUAGAACUGAAUGCACCUCUUUACUGAUUUAUGGUGCUAAAGGAAACGAUUAUCCCCAUUUUAUUCUUCCUCAGCCCCUUAAAUAUUUAAGAAAAUUAAAGUAAAAGAAUUUAGAAGCCCUUUUUAUGAAUGUAACCUAAGUUUAUGUUUGACAUAUGACACUGCAACUUUAAAAUGUUAAGAAAUUAUUUGCCUUUUUUCUUUUAGAAUUAAGCUUUAUAAAUAACCUGUAGAGUCAAUUGAAGUAUAAAGCUUAAGGAUCACUCUUAAGACGCCUACAAAAUCUUGUAUAUUUUUAAGUGUGCCAAUUUGUAACAUAUUUUGUAAGUGUAUAUUUUUCUUAGAAAAGUGCUGUGAAGUGUCUGUAUGUGAGAGGUUUCCUUUUUCUGCACCACUAGGUGCUAAUAAAAGGAUAUUUACUUCAAAGUUUCUGGUUUUAGAAACCACAAUACAAAGAAAAAUACACUUUUGUUGAGAAUUUUGUAACACAAAAGAUGUUGUGAAAGAGUAUAGUGAUCUUGUGUAAAAGAAAAUGAACAUUUGUGAGCUUCUUGCUGUUUUAUAGAUUUUCUUGUAAAUUAUUCUUGUAACACCUCUGGCUUUGUUGUUCUUGUUGCAAAAGUUUUAAAUAUUUGUGACUGAAUGUAUGGUGAAACUGUCAUAAUGUUACCUAGCUGAGUUUUGUUAUUGUUAUGGAAUAAAUAAAAAGAAAAGUUUAAAAUUCUGCUUUAGAAUCAUAUGUAACAGAAAUCAAACCAUUUCUAAUUAAAUCUACAUCCCAAAUAAAAACUUCAUUGAUCUAGAGCAGUGUUUCUCAAACUAUCUCUGGUAAAGUACCAAUUUUUCUUACAAGCCACCAUUGAACAUUGUAAAACACAGUAGAAAUGAACUUCUAAAAAGGUGAAAUGGAGUAAAAAUAUGCAAAAUAAAGCCCAAAAAUAUUAGAUUUGACCUAUGAAACUACAUUUCAAAACAAACACAUAAUAGGCAAAUAGAAUUGCAAAUAGUUCAUGAUAAGUGGUUGCCAUUAAUGGCUUUAACCAUAUUCCAACACUUUGAAUAGGAUCAACAGCAUUACUAUUGUCUGAGAACUUGUUAGGAAUGCUAAACUCCAGGACUUAUUUAAAGUCUGCUUAAUCAGAAUCUGAAUUUUAACAAGAUGACUAAAUGAUUCUGUUCAUGUUUAAAGUUUGAGAAGCACUGGGCUAGUAUUCUGCAAGAAACUCUUUUUCCCCUCAAAUUGGAGAAUUGAUUUUUAGUGUUUCCCAUCUAUCUUCAAAGACCUUAAAAUACAUAGUGUCCUUUUUUUGUGAUCCAGAUGGGUUUUGCAGAAAUGCAACCUUCUUGAAGUGUAAAAACUGUUGUUGAAAUAAUAAAUGUUGAUUUGCCUGGUACCCAAAAA